AAGCACGUGACUUUCAUCAGAACCGCCCACCCCGCCAAAUACAAAGUGGGAGAACAGAAGUGGGAGGUGGCGGCGGAAGAAGGGAGUUUCUGUACGCCGGAGAGAUGGGCGGCCGAGGGAAUGUGAAGGAAAUCGAAGUCCGUAGCUUGAUGGGCGAUUCAAUCCGUGUGUCCAUUGAAUCGAACAAGACCAUCGAAGAUCUCAAGCUCCUGCUCAAGCAACGCUUCCAUCCGGCUAAUUCUUCCCCCAAUUUUCACCUUUUUCUCAGGGGAGUAAAAUUGGGGCCGCAUGGUAAGAUUGGUGACUAUUUGAUUGAAGAUGGAGAUUUCUUAGUUAUUAUCCCAUUUGUUAAAAAGGGUAAGGAGCAGAGGCAUCAAGUUGAUAUAUCCAGAACAUCCUCAGAAGAUCCAAAACUCGAUGAGAAAGAGAGUGAAUUAGCUCGGUCAUCUUGGUCUGAUUUGAUGCAAGAUCUCUCAUCUUUUCAAGAAAUAUCUACCCAUGAAAAUCCACCUGUGGAUGACUUGAAGUCUGUUAAUUCUGAAAAUGAGAAAGACCAUGGUAGGAGAAUCUCUUCAAGGAAGACGAAAGGGAAGAAAGUGUUGAAUGAUGGCCAGGACUUGGGAUGUUCAGAUGAUGUUUUAUUUGGCAUUUUACAGUCAUAUCUUGAUAAUACGUUUGAUGAACAGAAAUUUGAAAAGGUUUUGAAGCUUAUGGAGUCUUCAUGUUGUUUAAGUAAUCUAGCAACAGGUUAUUGUUUGCUGAGGGAAGCUAGUGAUACAUUGAGCAGUGAGUUAGCUCCUUCUGCAGCUACUAUGUGCCUUUGUCCGCUGUGGUUGAAGGGCAUAAUCAUGGCCUUCUCUUUUAUAAAUGUUUACUCAGCAUGCCUUCAGAUGUGCCAGAAGAAGAUUACGGCUGAUGCACUAAAAGGACCACUUGAGCAACUGCAUAAAGUUGGCUUUCAACGUAGCACUGUUAACUUAGAGCUUCUCUCUCAACUUUGUCCUCAGAUAGUGCGGAUUGUUUACACAGAGGAAACAAAAUUACAUGAUGUCAACUCCCUUGUUAUAAUCAAAGAAUCAGCAGAGAAAUGCAAUCAACAUGAAGAUGACCCAAUAAUGGCUGUUAAGCGGCCACAUAGGUCUCAGGUAAUGAAGUCAGUGAAGAAAAGGGAUUCUUCCUUCAAAGCUGUCCUGUCAGAGGCAAUAAGGUCAUUAAUGUUAAAAAAUGGAACAGGGGUUUUAGAGUCUUUUUCUUUAGAAAAUCUUCUUGUUUCUCUCAAGACUGUUGAUGCUCCUAUGGCCAAAGCUGACAUGAAACAAGAGAGGAAAAGAUAUUCUGCUACUUCAAGCUCCCAACCACCUGUACAGUGUCAUGAUACAAAGACAUUGAAUGUUGACGAAAUGGUGGAGCAUCUGCGAAAUGGCAUAGGAUCUCAAGGACAGGUCGUACAUAUUGAAAAGAUCAAUGCUCGCAAUGCUAAGUAUGUGGAGAUUCCUUGCCAUCUUUCUGCAAAAAUGAAAUGUGCACUUAAUCGUGCAGGAAUUACUAGAUUGUACAGUCACCAGGCUGAAUCAAUUCAAGCCUCUCUUGCUGAGAAAAAUGUAAUUGUGGCAACCAUGACAUCCAGUGGAAAAUCACUUUGUUACAAUAUUCCGGUUUUAGAAGUACUAUCACAUGAUCCAUUAGCUUGUGCUCUCUAUCUGUUCCCCACAAAGGCGUUGGCUCAAGAUCAGUACCGUGCUUUGUUGACUCUCAGCCACGGGCUUGAUGAUAGCUUAAAUGUUGGGAUAUAUGAUGGAGACACUUCUCAGGAAGAUCGACUAUGGUUACGUGAUAAUGCACGUCUGCUUAUUACGAAUCCAGACAUGCUACACAUCUCAAUCUUGCCAUUUCAUGGACAAUUUAGACGAAUAUUGGCCAAUGUCAAGUUUAUUGUCAUUGAUGAAGCUCAUACUUACAAGGGAACCUUUGGUUGUCAUGCUUCUCUAAUAUUUAGAAGGCUUCGACGAAUCUGUUCUCAUGUUUACAGCAGUGAGCCUUCAUUUAUAUUCAGCACUGCAACUUCUUCAAACCCCCAGGAGCAUGCUAUGGAGCUGGCAAAUCUAUCGACAGUUGGAUUAAUAAACCAUGAUGGCAGCCCUUCUGGUUUGAAGCAUUUUAUGCUCUGGAAUCCUCCUUUGUGCCUGAAAAAUGUUUGGAAGAGAGUAAAGACGAGCAAUAAGUCAAAAAAGAAUGUUACUAAAAGUGUGGUUCCAGGUCGAUCAAGCCCUAUUUUAGAGGUUUCAAGCCUCUUUGCUGAAAUAGUUCAGCAUGGGUUAAGGUGCAUCGCAUUCUGCAAAACACGCAAACUUUGUGAACUCGUUCUCAGCUACACGCGUGAAAUUCUUCAUGAAUCAGCACCUCAUCUGAUGAACAAAGUAUAUUCUUACCGUGGAGGUUAUAUUGCUGAGGACAGGAGAAGAAUCGAGAGUGAUUUUUUCAAUGGCAACAUAUGCGGUAUUGCGGCAACAAAUGCCCUUGAAUUAGGGAUCGAUGUAGGUGACAUUGAUGUCACACUGCAUCUCGGGUUCCCUGGUAGCAUUGCAAGUUUGUGGCAACAAGCUGGGAGAUCUGGAAGAAGAGAAAAGCCCUCGCUUGCUAUUUAUGUUGCAUUUGAAGGGCCUUUAGAUCAGUACUUUAUGAAAUUUCCUCAUAAACUUUUUAGGGGCUCAAUUGAGUGUUGCCAUGUUGAUCCAACUAAUGACCAGGUGCUUCAGCAGCACUUGUCAUGCGCAGCUCUUGAGCACCCAUUAAGUUUGCUUCACGAUGAAAAGUAUUUUGGGCCUGGCUUAGAAGGUGCUAUUACAAUACUUAAAAACAAAGGUUGCUUGAGCACUGACAUCUCUCGUGAUUGUGCUUCCAGAAUAUGGACCUACAUUGGGCAUGAGAAAUCUCCAGCAGGUGUUGUCAAUGUUAGAGCGAUUGAAACUGAGCGGUAUAAAGUAAUUGAAAUGACAAAGAAUGAAGUCCUUGAAGAAAUUGAGGAAAGCAAAGCUUUCUUUCAGGUUUAUGAAGGUGCAGUUUAUAUGAAUCAAGCCAAAACAUAUCUUGUAAAGAACUUAGAUUUGUCAAGUAAAAUUGCUUGGUGCCAGCAAGCUGAUCUGAACUAUUAUACAAAAACUCGUGAUUACACAGAUAUCCAUGUAAUCGGCGGCAAUAUUGCUUAUCCAGCAAGAAUUGCUGGCAAACAAUGUUCAAGAACAAGUGCCCAAGCAAAUACCUGCAAAGUAACAACCACAUGGUUUGGCUUCCGCCGUAUAUGGAAGAAAACCAGCCAGGUUUUCGACAGUGUUGAACUUUCCCUACCUGAUUACUCUUACGAAUCACAGGCUGUUUGGAUUCGGGUCCCACAAUCAGUAAAGACAGCUGUUGAGAAUUUACAGUAUUCCUUUCGUGGGGGCUUACAUGCUGCUGGACAUGCUCUUCUUAAUGUCGUUCCUCUAUUUGUUAUAUGCAACCAAUCUGACUUAGCUUCAGAGUGUGCAAAUCCUCAUGAUGACCGAUAUGUUCCUGAGAGAGUUCUACUUUAUGAUCCUCAUCCCGGAGGCACGGGAAUUUCAUUAAAGCUUCAACCUCGAUUCGUGGAGCUUUUAACAGCUGCUUUCGAUUUGCUUUCUUCUUGUUACUGCUCAGGAGAUACCGGUUGCCCAAAUUGCGUACAAAAUCUUGCCUGUAAUGAAUACAAUGAAGUUUUACACAAGGAUGCUGCCGUAAUGAUUAUUAAGGGUAUUCUAGACGCAGAGGAAUCCCAAUUGAACAAAAAUGCCGAGUAGCCUACCGCUUGAACCGGCGUUUUCAGAUGGUACCCGAAGGGUGUAAUGUGAGUGAAGCUAUUGUCUGCAUUAGUCAAGAAAAGGUCAGUGAAAACUUGGAAGAAUUCAUAGAAAUAAUUAGUCUGAAUGAUUGAAGAAAAUUUAGGAGAAACAUUAUGCUAUUGUAGAUGAUGCAUGGAGUACCGAUAUUUAGAAUAACAUUUCGAGAGUAUUUUAAAAAACAAGUAAUAACUAUAGAAGUUGAAUUAUGGUAGCCUCUAAGCUAUUGAAUGUGCUGAAUCAAAUUAGCAGUAACGCAAACAAGAUAGCCCGUUUAUUCGAGCCAAAUUGAAUCAAGUACUCCAUCCGUUCUAAUA